CGUGAGCAGCGCUGAAUGCACUUUUCCGUUCAAUAAAAUUGGCAAGUAAAAUGGCAGUGUUGAGUAGAUUAUUCUUUGGAAGUAAUAAUAAAUUGUCGCAAACCAAUGGAUUAUUGAGAAAACUGCUGAAUAAGAAUAGUUCGAUAUUUGAAAAACAAACAGGAAGUAUAAGAUGUAUGUCAGAGCAUCGAACUAUGCCUAUAGUUGCAAGUCGUUGGCAGUGGCAUAAAACUAAGGAUUGGAUUCACUUUUAUUUUUUUGUGGGUGCCAUACCCGUCGCUCUGAUUAUUUUCUAUGCGAACGUAUUCAUAGGCCCGGCGACGUUAGAAGAAAUACCGGAAGGUUAUACUCCGCAACGAUGGGAAUAUUAUAGAUCACCCAUUACAAGAUUUCUUGCAAGAUACGUAUUUCCAAAUCCACAGCAAGAAUAUGAAAAGUAUCUUGCUUAUUUAGACAUUGCCGAGGCAAAAAAGAGACUUCGAUGGCUAGAAAUCCAAUUUGUCGAGAACAUAAGGAGUCAUCAAGAUUAUCCAAUUUACUCGUAUCAGAGAUCUAUGAAAUCUAAAUACAUAAAAGAGUAUAGGAAACUAUUGGACGAAGAAAGUGUAUCGUAAUUCGUUAAAGUAUAUUACAGUUGACUUGUAUACAUGGUGCAACCAAAUAUUGUACAAACUCAGUUAUACAAUUAUUAGCUGUUGAAUAGAAAGCCGAAUAAAAACUGUUCGUAUGUA